AUGAUGAAUGCCGAUCCACCUCGGAUAAAAGAUUCAGCUUAUGUACUCAACAAUAUUGGUGCUGUGCUGAAAAGUGAAGGAAAAUACGGUGAAGCUCUUGAUUUCUAUCAACGAGCACUGAUUAUACGAGAGAAAUAUUACCCCACUGGUCAUCUUGACACUUCUGCAAGCAUUAACAACAUUGGUCGUGUGUUCGAAGCUCAAGGAAAGUAUGAUGAAGCACUUGAUUUUUACCAACGAGCGCUAAUCAUACAAGAAAAAUACUAUCCGAAUGGUCACCCAGAUAUUGCUUACAGUCUCAACAACAUAGGUAAUGUACUGAGCAAUCAAGGGAAAUACAAAGAAGCACUUGAUUUUCAUCGACGAGCCCAAGUCAUACAAGAGAAAUAUUUUCCUCCUGAUCAUUCUCAUAUUGCUACAAGCCUCUACAAUAUUGGUGGUGUACUGCACAGACAAGCAAAAUACGCCGAAGCUCUUGAUUUCUAUCGAAGAGCGCUGGUCAUACGAGAAAAGCACUAUCCUGCUGGUCAUCCGGACACUGCUUCAUGCCUGAAUAAUAUUGGGCGUUUGUUUAGCGAUCAAGGAAAAUAUGAUGAUGCCAUCGAUAUCUAUCAUAAAGCACUGACUAUACUUCAGAAAUUAAAUCGAAUUUCUGAUCACUCGAUGGCCAUAUUAUCAAAGUAUAAAUUAGACAAAUAUCAAUUCGGUACCGAUGUUCGAAAAGGACAACAACUCUAUGGAUUAUCGGGCAAAAUAAUAUACGAAGGCAAAUGGAUAUCACGAAGAAAUGAUUCAAUAAUUAUUGUUGAAAUGAACGAAGCAAUUGCCGAACGUGAAGCUAGUUUUUAUUUAGAAGUCAAUGGUCAUCAUAAUAUUAUUCAUACAUUUGGUUGUGUUGAAAAUAGUUUAAAUUUAACAAUAUUUGUACAAGAAUUUGCAGAACUGGCAGAUUUAGCUGGUGUGUUAAUGGAUAAUCAAUUUAAUAUUUCUCAAACAAUAUUAGUCGAAAUGUUUUUACAGAUUUCUGAUGCAAUGAGUUUUAUUGCACGUAAAAAAAUUGUACAUUGUGAUUUAGGUUGUCGAAAUGUACUUGUUUUUAAUGUGGAUCCAACUGAAGCAAAAAAUAAUCUAGUUAAAAUCACUGAUUUUGGUCUUGCACGUUGGAUUGAUGAACCUCCUUCUAAUGAAAAUAAAUCAGUUAUACCAGUUCGAUUUUGUGCACCGGAAAUUCUUCGAAAUAAACGCCAUUCCGAUUAUUCGGAAAAAUCUGAUGUGUAUUCUAUGGGUGUUUUAAUGUGGGAAGCUUUAUCAAAUAGUGAAAUUCCUUAUUCAUCAAUUGCUGAAGAUGAUGAUGUCAUACGAAUAAAAUUAAACAAUGAAAAACUUAAAAAGCCCCGUGAUUGUGAUCAUCAACUUUGGGUACUCAUGACUAAAUGUUGGCACGAGGAUCCAGAACAACGGCUUACUUUUGAGGACAUCAACAAUAAAUUAUCAAACAUAAAAAUUUCUGAAGUAGCACACCAUCAAACAUCUGGUUCAUCCAACAAGACACGAAUACACUAUGAUUAUAAACUUGGUGAUCACGUGAAGAUAAACGGCUCGCUGAAUCGUCCAUUACCUGCAAUUCAUCAAGCAGAAUGGUUGACAGAAGAAACAUCAUCGAUUGUCUUGAUUGAGAGGAAGGAAGAACUAUCAGAGAGUGAAAAAUUAUUAUAUACAACAUACAAAAAACAUGAUCAUCUCGUUUAUACAUAUGGAUUUGUGGAAAAUAAUCGUGGAUCCAUAAUGAUAUUACAAGAGAAAGCACCUCAUGGUAAUCUUCGAGCACUACUCGAAAGCGGUCAAUUCAACCCAUCUGCAAAAGUUCUCAUCGAAAUUUUCUUUCAAAUUCUUGAUGCUAUGAUUCAUAUUGUUGAUCACGGACUUGUACAUGGUGAUUUACGUUGUGAAAAUGUUCUUGUCUUUGAGAUGGAUCCAUCUAAUCCAAAAAGAAACCGUGUUAAACUGGGAAAUUUUGCUUUAGCACAUGAAAACGAUCCAUCACUAGUUGAUGAUAGACGACUUGUUAUUCCAGUACGAUAUUGUGCUCCGGAAAUUCUUCGAAGUGCAGGUCGAUCAAAUUAUUCUGAAUUAUCAGAUGUUUAUUCAAUGGGCGUUUUGAUGUGGCAAGCUUGGUCGAACGGGAAGCUUCCAUAUGAAUCCUCAACACAUAACAGCGAAAUUCGACAACGCAAAUUGAAUGGCGAAAUAUUAUCAAAACCAUUCAUGUGUGAUCCGCAAAUUUGGGCAAUUAUGAGAGAUUGUUGGAAUAAAGAACUAAUUUGCCGAUUCGAUUUCUCAGGCAUAAAAACUCGAUUAUCUCAAGUUAAUAUUGCUUCAAUAGAGACUUAUAAGCAUGAACUAAAUGUUGACGUCAAACAGUUACGUCCACUAAAUGGAAAAUUUUAUGAAGCAGAGUGGAUUCCAAAGAAAGAUCAACAACCAAUUGUACUUAUGAUCAUGGACGAAGAAACAGCGGAACAAGAAGCUUUAUUUUAUACGAAAUUCGAACGUGAACCUCAUAUAGUUGAUACUUUUGGAUUUGUGAAAAAUGAUCGUAAAUUGAUUAUGUUACUACUGGAACGAGCAUCUCAUGGUGAUCUGCAAACAUUAUUGGAAAAUGGAGAGUUUCAACCGUCAGAAAAAGUACUUGUGGCAAUCUUUUUACAGAUUAUCGAAGCAAUGAUUUAUAUUAUCAGUCAUAAGAUUGUACACGGGGAUUUGCGUUGUGCCAAUGUGCUUGUCUUUCAAAUGGAUGCAUUCGAUUCAAAAAGAAAUUCUGUUAAAUUAACUAAUUUUACUAUGGCUUGUCCAAUUGAUCAUCCAGUCUCAAAGAAAAGAGUACGUGAAGAUUUAAUGAAAUACUAUGCUCCAGAAAUUUGUCAAUUCAACGAUAGAUCGAUAUAUACUGAAUUAUCUGAUGUUUAUUCAAUGGGUGUGUUGAUGUGGCAAGCUCGUUCAAAAGGAGCAAUACCCUUUAGUCAUCGUACAAGUGAUGGUAAUAUUCAGGAACAAAAAUCGAGUUACAAGGCAUUACCAAAACCGAAGCACUGCAAUAGUGAACUAUGGAGCGUCAUAGAAACUUGUUGCUGUAAUGAACCUAGUAUAAGAGACAAUUUUGAAAAAGUGAAGACUCAGCUUUUGAUAAUCAAUUUUGAGUAA